CCCAGUUGCCAAGGCAGUGUCAGGGUCUGGCCUCGGAUGCAGGUCUUGCCUCACCCCAGGGACCUCUUUCUGCCUUGUGCAUGUGGUCUGAAGGUGACGGGUGACUCGGCAGGAAAGUCAUUCUCUGGGGAAGCAUGACCAAUUUCCCUUUCUCCACCUCUCUCUUCCUCUGCCCCUCCCCCAGCCCCCUUAUAUACAAACCUCCCAGGUGCCUUGUCUGCCUGUGCACCUUUAUCUUGGCAACAGUUUCCACAGCUGGGCAGGUCCACUCAGGACCGGUGUGUGGUGAGGGGCUGCGCUGUCUUCCCCUUCCAUAGGAAGAGCCAGCUCCCUGCAGACAGCCAGACGGCCAGACAGUGAGUGUCACCUGCAGGACCUAAGCCUUUCCUUUGCUGCAGAUGGGUUCUUGGCUCCAGACAGUUGCCUUCCCUUGCCUCUCUCUGGUCCUGCUUCUCUGGAGCUGCCUGCCAGAGCUCCAGGGUCACGAGUUCCAGUUUGGGCCAUGCCAAGUGGAGGGAGUUGCUCUCCCAAGACUGUGGGAGGCCUUUCGGACCAUGAAGGACACUGUGCAAGCUCAGGAUAACAUCACGAGUAUCCGGCUGCUGCAGCGAGAAGUCCUGCAGAACGUCUCGGACGCCGAGAGCUGUUACCUCAUCCAUGACCUGCUGAAGUUCUACUUGAACACUGUGUUUAAAAACUACCACCGCAAAAUAGUUGAACUCAAGAUGCUGCCCUCAUUCUCUACCCUGGCCAACAACUUUCUUUUCAUCACGUCAAAACUUCAACCCAGCGUGAGCAGAAGAAAGCCAGGACCAGGAGCCUGGGAAAUGAAAAAUGAGACGCUCUCUGCCAGUGACAGUGCACAUAGGCGGUUCCUGCUGUUCAAGAGAGCAUUCAAACAGUUGGAGAUCGAAGUGGCUCUGACCAAAGCCUUCGGGGAAGUGGACAUUCUCCUGACCUGGAUGGGGAAGUUCUAUCGGCUCUGAAUGCUCAGACCACACUCGCUCUCCAUGUCACUUCAAAUGCGUGUCCCUCCCUGGCUGUCCUCUGGACACUGCACACUCUUGGCCAUGGGGCCCCUUGUUGGCCAGGCCCGUCUUCACAGACUCUGCUUCAGCAGUCCAAAUGGCAGUUGUGGAAGGCUCCCCCGGACGCUGUGAACACUCUACACAGUGAAUUCCCGUAUUUAUUAUGACCCUAUUUAAUUACUGUCAUUAUUUUAACUGAAGUUUUAUUUAUUUGUGAGACUGUAAGUGCCAUGAAGGCAGCAGAGUAGACUGUCUCAUGCUUCUCUUUUGUUACCAACAAUCCUGGCUAUAGAAUGGGGCAGUGGAUGGGUACUCAGUAAAUGCUUGAACUGGA